UUAAAGUGUCGCUUCCUUCAUGUGCAGCAGGACUGAAACACGCCAUCAUGUCCGUCUGCUUACUGUGACAUUAAUCCACCAGCGCAAACCAGAGACAAGCCCAGGCCCAAACCAGGACACAAAGCUCGCUUCAGGCGGUUGGUAUGCUUUUAAAGUGGUGUAGGGAUGCCCAAGGAGAAGUAUGAGCCGCCGGAUCCUAGGCGGAUGCACACUAUUAUGUCCAGUGAAGACGCAGCAAGUGGGAAGAAGUCUUACUGGGCUGAGCUUGAAAUAAGUGGCAAAGUGCGGAGUCUAAGCUCAGCCCUGUGGUCACUCACUCACCUCACCGCUUUGCACCUCAGUGACAACUCGCUGUCACGUAUCCCACCUGACAUUGCCAAGCUACACAACCUUGUGUACCUGGACCUGUCGUCCAAUAAGAUCAGGAGCCUGCCAGCAGAGCUUGGCAACAUGGUGUCUCUCAGGGAACUGCUCUUAAAUAACAACCAGUUGCGGGUUCUGCCUUUCGAAUUGGGGAAACUGUUUCAGUUACAAACACUGGGGUUAAAAGGAAAUCCACUUGCACAAGAUCUCAUGAGUCUGUACCAGGAGCCAGAUGGCACCCGCCGACUGUUGAACUACCUUUUGGACAAUCUUGCCGGUGCUAUUAAACGCAUCCCAACAGAGCAACCACCACCCAGGUCAUGGAUUGUACUGCAGGAGCCUGACAGAACCAGGUCUGCAGCUCUGUUCUCAGUAAUGUGCUACAAUGUGCUGUGUGAUAAGUAUGCCACACGCCAGCUCUAUGGCUACUGCCCGCCCUGGGCCCUUAACUGGGAGUACAGGAAGAAGGCCAUUAUGCAGGAGAUCCUUACCUGCAAUGCUGACAUCAUCAGCCUACAGGAAGUGGAGACGGAGCAGUAUUAUAACUACUUCCUGGUGGAGCUGAAAGGGCAGGGAUAUGAUGGAUUCUUCAGCCCAAAGUCCAGAGCUAGAACCAUGUCUGAAUCGGACAGGAAACACGUGGAUGGGUGUGCAGUAUUCUACAAGACCGAAAAGUUUAGCAUGGUGCAGAAACACACAGUGGAGUUUAACCAGCUGGCCAUGGCCAACUCUGAGGGCUCGGAGGCCAUGCUGAAUCGUGUUAUGACCAAGGACAACAUCGGAGUGGCAGUGUUGCUGGAGCUGCGCAGGGAAAUGAUGGAGAUGACAUCGGGUAAGUCUCUUCUUGGCAUGGAGAAACAGCUGCUUCUGGUGGCCAAUGCCCACAUGCACUGGGACCCAGAGUACUCUGACGUGAAACUGGUGCAGACUAUGAUGUUCCUGUCGGAGGUUAAAAAUAUCGUGGACAAAGCCUCGCGCAGCCUCAAGCUCUCCUCCGUGUCUGGAGAAACCAAUGCCAUUCCUCUGGUGCUUUGUGCUGAUCUCAACUCAUUGCCUGACUCAGGUGUGGUGGAAUUCCUGAGCACAGGUGGGGUGGACUGCACGCACAAAGACUUCAAAGAGCUGCGCUACAGUGACAGUUUGACCAACUUCAACUGCAAUGGCAAAAACGGCUCAUCUAACAGCAGGAUCACGCAUGGCUUCAAGCUAAAGAGUGCCUACGAGAACGGGCUCAUGCCUUACACCAACUACACCUUUGACUUCAAGGGUAUCAUCGAUUACAUCUUCUACUCUGAGCCACAGCUUGAUGUGUUGGGGGUCCUGGGGCCCCUGGACCCUGACUGGCUCAUGGAGAACAAUAUCACUGGCUGUCCGCACCCCCACGUCCCCUCCGAUCACUUCUCCUUGUUUGCACAAUUCGAGCUGGUCCUGCCUCACCUCCCUCCAAUCAACGGAGUGCACCUGCCUGGACGCAGGUAGUGAAACUCCCCUGCCACCGGGGACACUGCAGAGUCCCACCUCCUCUGACACAUUUUUCUGGAAACUUACUGAAAACGAUAGAACCUCUAAACUACACUCUUCUUCUUUUUGUUAUUCUCUUUCUUUCUGUGCGUUUUUGAAUGUGUUUUUUUCUGUUGUUCAUUUUCUUCUGCUUUCUUUAUUUCUGAUGGAGCCAAAUUUGCUCACAGGCACUUGGAGGCUGUGGUUCGUCUUUCUUGAUCUCUCGAGCUUGGUUUUAUGGUUGCAUACUGCAUGGAUUUCUGUUGGCUCACUCUUUUGUGUAGUACUUUUUGUCCUGAAGAUGUAAGUAGUUUGUAGGGCUGUGGUCUCGUAAUACAGUGGCCUGUAUGUACAGUCAGCUUUCACAAGUCAGCUUCAUGAUACGGUAAAACAACACAUGGCCACACGCUCGAAGGCAGUUGGGGCUGAUGGAAGCGGAGGUUGUAAUGCCGUAGGUAGUUAAAUCCUAAUAAUCUAAAGCCAGCAGCGAUUCACGAGUCCUCCACCAAGUGCAUUAAACCUCUGUUUUCCUUUUUUAAGCCCUGAACGGAUUCAAAGACUCGGUUCAAAUAUGUAUAUGAAGUAUUUGACAAGCAAUAGCUCACCAACAACACCUGGAUUUUGCUUUUUGUAUAUGUAUAUAUGUAUGAGCACAUUUUUAGUUAUCGUGUUGACCCCUCUUUUAGCAUACCACAGCUUUUGAAAGCAUACAUAUUUGCUUAUAAGUAUGCCAGUCUUGAAGUACUCCAGCCCUGGUAGCUGUGGUGGGGGUGGAGUGUGGAGAGUGGUGCUGCGAUUUCACUCUUAAAUGGUGCAAUAUUCAACAGCAUAAUCCUGCAAGACAUUCAAAGCUAAAACACUGUGGCAGUUUGUUUUUAACCUAGCUUAAAUACUAAUACUUUCCUCCUUGCAUCAGCUUCCUCCUUCUAGGAGGGGUCGCAAUUGGCCUAAUCAUGUUAAUACUAAAUUUGGACGAAUCUAGCAGCACUUGCUUUUGCACAUUGUGUUUUUAAUCUAUUGGCUUUAGGUUCCCCUUUCCUUUACGGUGUGACAGAGCUAUGCAGCUGGAUUUGUUUAGUUUAAAAAAAAAAAAACAAACAAAAAACAAAAAUGGAUGUGACUUCACUGUGGAAUCUCCCACCUGGUGGUGGAGGGGCAUGUGGUGGGUAGAAUUGCUCAGUUUAUUCAGAAAGGGGGGAUUAUGUGAGAAGACUUCAGAGUCUGUAUUCAACCAGCAUCCGUUCACUGUGUUGGGUGAAAAAAAAAAAGGGGGUGAACGUUCCCCUUUUUUGUUUUUCCAAGCCCCUCCAUCUCCACUCUCACUCUCUCAAGGUCUGUAGCAUUGUCUUUUGCGGCCAGUAGUUUCCCGCCCAGCCAUAAAAUCCCCCCCUGCACCGUCCUCGUGGGGUUUUCCCCCCAGCUGUUUUUACAAAUGGACACAAAAAUAUAUAUAUAUAUGUAUACACAGAUUUAACCUUUACUUGAUUGUAUAUGAGCCACACGCAAAGA